GUUUUACUUUUGAUGGGAAAGACAAAAAGAUUAAAAAAAAAAUUGGUUCCUUCUUUUUUUGUUGCAUUGUAUGAUUAUUCUAAAAGUUCAUCAAAUGAGCAACAUCUCUUUAUUACACCUGAGUUUUCAACGCAAUUGUCUUAUAAAAGAGGCGAAAUUUUAUCCAUGAUAAGUGAUGACUUGGACUACUGGAUACUUUGCAAAUCAACCACAACUGGAAAGCAAGGUUAUGUGCUAACUUCAUUACUUGCUCCAUUAACAGGUGCAGGUGCAAGCGUUCGUUAUACUAAAAAAGAAAAAAGGGAGAAAAAAAAAUGCAUGGUCUAUUUUCCAAAUUUUCCAGUACCGAAACCAAAGCCACCCUGUCCUGUUGAUAAAGCAAACAUUUUAUCUAAAAUAUUUUUUGGAUGGGUGACCAGACUUAUAGUUGAUGGGUUUAAAAGACCAUUAGAAGAUAGUGAUCUAUGGCAACUGCAAGAAAAGAACACUGCACAAUAUCUUGGUUUGAAAUUUGAAAAAUACUGGAAAGAGGAAAUGGAGAAACAAAAAAACAGUCCUAUAAUAGAAAAGAUGGUAAAGGAAAGAGAUAUAAAAAAGAAAGAAUUUCACGAUAUUCCACCAAAGUUAAAGACAUUUUAUAAAUACAAACCAUCUGUGACAAAGGCAUUAUUUAAAACAUGUGGAAAACUUUAUUUAGUUGGAUCUAUUAUGAAAAUAUUUUAUGACUGUACUUUGUUUGUGCAACCUUGGUUGUUAGGGAAAACAAUUGAAGUCAUUCAAAACAAAAGCAUUGAUAAAAACUUAGGAUAUCUUUACGCAUCUAUGUUAUUUGUAACAGGCUUGGUUGGCUCUAUUAUUCUGCAGCACUCUUUUCAAAUUUCAUUUGUGACCAGUAUUCAAGUAAGAUCGUCAUUAUUGACCGCAGUUUACAAAAAGAUGUUUCGAUUAAAUAGCUUUGGUAGAGUUGACUUUCCUGUUGGAGAAAUGGUGAACCUUAUGACAGUAGAUACUCAAAAGUGUUAUGAUCUUUUAACAUAUCUUAACGUUAUUUGGUCUGGUCCAUUUCAAAUUAUAGUUUCAUUUGUCUACCUUUACCUAUUAAUGGGGUGGUCCAUUCUUGCUGGCUUCAGUGUAUUUUUUUUAUAUAUACCAAUUAGUAGUUGUUUUUCAACUUUUGAAAAGAAGUUCCAAGCUAAGCAAAUGGUUUUUAAAGAUCGUCGAUCAAAGUUUAUGAAUGAGAUACUUGCUGGGAUAAAUAUAUUGAAGUUAAACUCUUGGGAAGAUAGUUUUAUUGCAAAUAUAAUGAGAAUAAGGAAUGAUGAACUUAAACUCAUCAAAAAUGCUAUGUUGUUGCAAGCAAAUCAUGGUUUUGCUUUAACACUUGUACUUUUUUUGGUAUCAUUUUUAACUUUUUUAGUUUACGUUAUGCUAGGUAACAAUCUAACUGCUGAGAAGGCUUUUGUAGCAAUAUCACUUUUUAAUAUAAUAAGAUUUCCUUUGUUUCUUUUACCUAUGGUCAUUGCAAAUAUUGCACAGUUUAGAGUUUCAACUAAAAGAUUAUCAAAAUUUUUGAAAAGUGAAGAAUUAGAACCAGUUUCAAAGUCAGAUGAUAUUAAUAUUAAAAAUGCUGUUGAAAUACACAAUGGAACAUUUAAAUGGAGUGACACUGGUGAUGCUGUUUUGCAAAACAUUACACUUAAAAUUCCUUAUGGUAGUUUAACAGCAAUUGUUGGACAAGUUGGUUCAGGAAAGUCGUCGUUAGUUUCUGCAAUACUCGGUGAAAUUAAGAAAGUUAGUGGGGAAGUGUUUGUAAAAGACAGCAUUUCUUAUGUCUCCCAACAACCGUGGAUUCAAAACAAAAGUUUGCGUGACAAUAUUAUUUUUGUGAGCGAGUAUGAAAGCAAUUGGUAUAAUAAAGUUGUUGAUGCUUGUGGAUUGAAGCCUGAUAUUAACUCAUUUCCAGGUGGGGAUCGAACUGAGAUUGGUGAGAAAGGAAUCAAUUUAAGUGGUGGUCAGAAGCAGCGUAUCUCAAUUGCAAGAGCAGUUUACCAUAAUUCAGAAAUAUACAUUAUGGAUGAUCCUUUGUCUGCAGUUGAUGCUCGUGCUGGAAAAAAUAUCUUUGAUCAGGUUAUAGGAAAUAAUGGGCUGUUGAAUAAAAAGACCCGAAUAAUGGUCACACAUGACCUUGCAUAUUUACGGCUUGUUGAUCAAAUCAUUGUUUUAAAUGAUAAUAAAACUUUUGAGUCUGGUAGUUAUGAGGAACUGAAGAAUAAUACUGGUGCAUUUGCAGAAUUUUUGAAAACGUUGCAUCAUGAAGUUAAAAACAAUGAAGAAACUUAUUCAAAUGUAUUAGAAUAUGAAGAUAAUAAAGACAAUAAAGUAAAUGCUACUGAAGGUGUAAAUAUUGGAAUUAUUAACAAUAUGGUUGAACCGCAACAAGCUUUAGGCUUUACCAAUCUUGCAUAUACAUCAAAUAGCUGUGUAUCAGUUUUUGAAGAUUUAAAAAAUAAUGAGUCUGACAAAAAUGAUACUAUUGAUGAAAAUGAGUUGUACAAAAAAGAGGCCCAGCUAGUUCUUGCACGCCAUGAAAAAACCAUUUCGUUGAAAGGUUCAGAAGUUUUAAUUUCCCAAGAAGUUUCUAAAACUGGAAAGGUGAAGCGUUCUGUUUAUUUGACUUACUUUAAGUCAAUGAGCAUUUUGUUGACUAUCUUGUUCCUAUUUUUUGGUUUGAUAUCAGAAGGUUUUUCACUCUGUUCAAGUAUUUGGUUAGCUGAAUGGAGCUCUAACCAAAACGCCUCUAAUCAUGAACAAGAUUUAUAUCUUGGUAUUUAUGGAGCACUAGGCGUUUCACAAGGUUUAUCAGCAAUGUUUCGAGCAGUAUUUCUUUGUUUUGGUGUCAUAAAAGCAUCUAAAGCCUUGCAUAAUAAUCUGCUAAAGAAUGUUCUAAGAUGUCCUAUGUCAUUUUUUGAAAGCACCCCAGCUGGACGGAUUGUCAAUAGAUUUUCAAAAGACAUUAAUUUAAUUGAUGAGUUUAUUCCAAUGACCAUAAAAUCAUUUGUUUCAUGUUUUUAUACAUUAUGUGGAACAAUAUUUAUAAUAAGCUAUACUACUCCUAUUUUUCUUGCUGCAUUUGUACCUAUUGGUGUAGCCUACAUUCUAACUCAGCGCUUUUAUGUGGUAUCAUCACGACAACUUCAACGUAUUGAAUCUGUAAGGCGAUCACCAAUCUACAAUCACUUUUUUGAAAGUAUAAAUGGUGCAUCUACUAUACGCGCUUAUCGUUUAAAUGAUGAGUUUAUAUCUGAAAAUGAAUCUAAAAUUGAUUUUAAUCAAGAAGCCAGUUUUCCUAUAAUAUGUUCAAACAGAUGGUUAGCACUGCGUUUGGAAACCUUUGGUCAUCUCAUAACUUUCUUUGCAGCUUUGUUUUGCAUUAUUCAACAAGAAAGUUUAUCACCUGGAUUAGUUGGUUUAUCAAUAUCUUAUGCACUCCAGGUAACACAAACAUUAAAUUGGUUGGUACGAGUGUCAAGUGAACUUGAAACUAACAUUGUUUCUGUAGAAAGAGUAAAAGAAUACAUUGAUCUUCCUAGUGAGGGAACUCAAGUUAUUCUUAAUAGUCAGCUUCAGAAUGAUUGGCCAAAUGCUGGGGCCAUUGUGUUUCAAAACCUUUGUUUAAGAUAUCGUAAGGAUUUGGCUCUGGUUUUAAAGAAUAUAACAUUUAAUGUGAAACCUUCCUCAAAAGUUGGUUUAGUUGGUCGAAGUGGUGCUGGUAAGUCUUCAAUAGCAAAUGCUCUUUACCGAAUUUUAGAACCUUCAUCAGGUUCUAUUCUAAUUGACAAUGUUGAUAUUUCAACCAUUGGUUUGCAUGAUCUAAGAUCUCGAAUAACUAUUAUACCACAAGAUCCAGUACUAUUUUCUGGAACACUGCGUUUUAAUAUUGAUCCAUUUAAUCAAUUUGAUGAUGCUGAAAUUUGGAGGGUUUUAGAAAUUUUAAAUUUAAAAUUGCAUGUUUCAAAUUUGGAGGGUGGUCUGUUACAUGAGAUUCUUGAAGGAGGAAAAAACAUAAGUGUUGGUCAUAGUCAGCUGGUGUGUGUGGCUCGUGCUUUGCUUAAAAAAAGUAAGAUUCUUGUUCUUGAUGAAGCUACAUCUUCAAUAGAUCUUGAGACAGAUGCAUUUAUUCAAGAAGUUAUUCGAAAAGAGUUCAAAUCUAGUACAGUGUUGUGCAUUGCUCAUCGAUUAAACACAAUUCUGGAUUAUGACAAAAUUAUUGUUCUCAGCCAUGGUGAAAUUAUUGAGUAUGAUUCUCCAAAAAUUUUAUUUCAACAGCAAGGUGAGUUUUACAAAAUGAUGAAAGAUGCUGGUUUGAGUGCAGAGUAAACAAGCCUUUUUUCUGAUGUUAUAAAUUUUUAGUAUCCUCUUUUUUAUUUUUAGUACCCUUUAUUGCAUUCUUUUUCUUUUUAUUUAACUAUUGUUUUGUGAAAAAAAGGUUUUAAAAAGUU